CCUGCAGGCCAUGCAUGGGCCGAUGAUCAUGGGCGGUCCGAUGUGGGACCAUGCGCAACCCUAACCCAAGUCAAGGAUGCCGUUCGGAGAUCCGCGCAGCGUCAGUGUCAGGCCAGCCUCUGAGUUGGAAGUUUCGAACCCGACAUUGAUAAACAUCCCUUUCAAUUUCGCAGAGCCAACACACAGAGCUCCGUCGACGUACAGCGUAGCACAGCAUAACUCCCUCACUGGCCAUCCUGAGUCCGAAAACAACACACAACCAUGGCAAAGGCCAAAAAAGGUUCCAAAUCCGCCCCGGACAGCACCACCACCUCGGUCGUCAACCCCGCCGCCGCCCCGCACCUCCCCUGGCUCCACGACGGCCUCCCGCUGCCGCGCCUGAUCGUGCUCGACCUCGACUACACGCUCUGGCCCUUCUACUCGGACAUCCACAUCUCGACGCCGAUCCGGCUGGUGGCCAACUCCAACCCGCCGACGCUCGCCGACCGCAACGGCGAGCACUUCGCGCUGUACCCGGACGCGCCGCACAUCCUGCGCCUGGUCGCGGCGCUGCCGCACACCCGCCUCGCCGUGGCGAGCAAGUCGCCCGUGGGCGACCUGUGCCGCGAGGUGCUCAAGCUGCUGCGGCUGCCGCCGCUUGCCGAAGGGGGUGGUGGUAGUGAGAAAGGGGCGAAGCGGGCGAUCGACGCGUUCGAUGCCGGGCUGGAGAUCUACGAGGGCACGAAGCUGAGGCACUUUGAGGUGAUUGCCAAGCGCACGGGGAUACCGUUCAGCCAGAUGCUGUUCUUUGACGAUGAACGGCCGAAUCUGGAGGUCGAGAGCUUGGGCGUCACGAUGAGGCUUGUUCGGGACGGGCUGACGUGGGACGAGCUGGAGAAGGGGAUAGAACAGUGGCGGGCGAACCAGGGCGUGGCGUAGCCUGACGCGUUUGCGGGGGGAGGGAAGUUGUUGGUUAGUUGCUCGGGGGACUUGAGCAGAUCGGGUCGCUGCAUGAUAACUGACUUUGUUGCUGAUGGGACGCUUGGUAUCUAUUCUAUGUAGGCCGAGGUGUUGGGCGUUCUGAGGACAAGUGCAACUGCAACACCCCAAUAGAGUAUAGGCUAGACGAUGCAUGAAAAUGGGCGGCAGCGGCAUUUGCAAGGCGCAUGCGGGUAGGCAAGGAAAGUGAGAUUGGUUUGCGCGUCAACGAUGAUGACAACCGGACGACGGAGUAGGUUGUAAGGCAUACAUGUAAACCAUAGGU